GUUCCCACUGGUAUUCUGGUUUUCAUCCUGACUGGCAGAACACGAUCCUACAAUGGGUGACUCCUAUGUUAUAGCCUUAGACUUUGGUACUGCUUACAGUGGAUAUGCCUUCAAUAUCACAACCAGCGAGGAAGAAAGUGAUCCCAGAUUAAAGAGAUGGGGAGCAGACCAAGGACUGGACACCCCAAAGACUCUAACCUGCAUCCUGUUUGAUCAAAAUGAAGAAUUUCUGAAGUUUGGAUAUGAAGCCAAAACCACAUAUAUCAAAAUGAGAGGAGAAGAAGCAAAGAAACAUUAUUUCUUUGAAGGAUUCAAGAUGGCUCUCUAUGACAAAGAUCUUAACAAGAACCUUAAGAUUAAAGAAGCAAAUGAUAAGGAAAUGACGGCUCUGAAGGUUUUCUCUGAGUCCCUGAGAUUCCUGAAGGAUGACGCACUGAAAACAAUCAACUCCAAGGUACCAGGACAGAAUUUCAUUGCCUCUGACUUCACCUGGGUUCUGACGGUUCCUGCCAUCUGGGAUGAGUCAGCAAAACAGUUCAUGAGAGAAGCUGCAACUCAGGCAGGAAUUGUAACUGAAGGCACUGAAGACAAACUGAUGAUGGCACUGGAACCAGAAGCUGCUUCAGUCUGGUGUAAGAAGCUUCCAUCAGAUGGUUUCAUCACACAGAACCACAAUAGUGUCUCACUGGAUCAGACUAAAGGAACUCAGACUAUUAUUGUUGAUUGUGGAGGAGGAACUAUUGACAUCACUGUUCACAAAAUCCUGAAAAACGGAGCCUUAAAGGAGAAGCACAAAGCCUCUGGGAAUAACCUGGGAGGAAAAACUGUGGACAGAAAGUUCCAAGAGUUUCUGAGAGAGAUAUUCACUGAUGGAGUCUGGGAUGAAUAUGAAGAAAAUCAUCCCAGUGACGUUCAGAGAAUGAUAUUUGAUUUUAGUCGUCUCAAACAGGUAGAUGAGGAUAUUGAGAUCCCAUGUCCAUAUAAUCUGGGGAAACUGGCCCGGAAAAAGAAAGCCAUAGAAAAGUUCUUUGAGUCAGUACAAGGAGCUUCCUGGAAUAAAGGAGUCAUCAUAAUCUCCAGAGAGAAACUGAGAUCUUUCUAUGAUGAGAGUCUUCAGGGCAUGACCAAGAGUCUCAAAGAAAUAUUAAAAAAAGAUCUCAAAAUUGGCCUCAUUCUCUUAGUGGGGGGGUUCGCAGACAGUCAAAUACUGCGGCAGCACAUUAUUGAAAAGUUUGGAGGAGAAUAUAAAAUCUUGUGUCCUGCUAGACCUCAGGAAGCGAUCCUUAGAGGAGCUGUAGAGUUUGGAAGAAACCCAAAGAUAGUGACAUAUCGGAGAAGUCGCUUUACUUAUGGGGUGGCCGUGUUAAAAAAGUUUGAUGAGUCUGAACAUAAACAAGAGAAGAAACUCAUAGCUGAUGGAAAAGAGUGGUGUAAGGACAUUUUUAAAAUACUGCUGGAAGAAGGUCAAGAUGUAGCCUGGAAUGAAACCAAAAAGCAUUACCUUAAUGCAGCAGAUCCAAAACAGACACAGAUGAGUGUUAGAUUGUUUAGGACUGAAAAAGGAAUUCCAGAAUAUGUAGAUGAUAGUGGGGUGAAAGAAAUAGGUUCAUUUGUAGUUAAACUAUGUAAUUCUAAAAUAAAGCAAGAACGUAAAGUGAAAAUAGAACUAAAGUUUGGUUCAACAGAGAUUAGAGCAACAGGGACUGACUUGAAUACUGGAAAGAAAAGCACACUUAAAUUUGAGUUCAAGGAUGUCUGAAACAUUUAUAAUAUCACACUGCAGUGGUUUACAGUCGAAGGUUGAUGUCAUACCACAGACCAUAAUGGUUUUAUCUUAUUUGUAAUGACUAUCAGCUUGUUUUGUGUUCAGGUUCACAUUUUUACUUUUCACUUUUAGAAAACGAAGAACAUAUUGAUUUGAGUAUAUUAUAUAGCAGAAACCUGUUUUCUGUGUUCUGUAAAUUUGCUUUUAUCUUUGUCUUUUGUUUGCUGCAAUGUAUUACUAAACCUUGUGUCAUAAAAUGGUUAGUUGGGUGGUAAGGAUUAGAUGCGGUGGACCCAGGUUGUAGUGGAAAAUUAUGGUUUUAAUGAACAAACAGUGAACAGAAAUCCAGACACGGGUAGCACUAGAAGAGAUGACACAGGGACAACUCAGCGAGGACAAUGACACAAGAAAACUAUGACGUACGAUAAUACUCGAAAAGGAUCCGAUGAGAAAACACAGACACAGGUGAGUAUGAGGAGAGGAAAUAAUCAGGGGAACGAGACACAGCUGGAAA